AAGCAAUUUCCAAACUCGAUUACACCAUCUCUCUCUCCCCCGGAUUCCUUCCUCCGAUCAUCCAAUCACAAUUUACAGCAUAGAUCGAUGAGUAAGAGGAAGAUUCCGAGCAGCAACCCCACCAAAACCCAUUUCCUGGCGUUCUCUGUUUCUGCUCCGGAUCUCAAUCUAGACAUCCUCCUCCACCCCAAUACGACGCCGUGCCUCGCCGCGGCGGCGAAGAAGCUCCGAUCAUCAUCCGAAUCGCCUGCACAAUCGACGAUGAUGGACGCUCGGGUCCCAAAUCGCGAUUUCCCCGACGACGACGGCAACGAUUCCGAUUCCUCCUCCGACAUAAUCAACACCGAGAUAGAACCCUUUCCCCGCUCGCUCAACAGCAUCCCCGCCGCUUGCUCAGCAUUCUCCUUCGACAUUUUAAGGAAGGAGGGUAAUAUCCCGACCACCCACCAGCUCUUCCCGGAUAGGGCGGGGCCGGAGCUCAACCCGCCGGCGACGGCGCCGGGUCAGUUAGCGAAGCACAGAAUCCGUCGAGGACGUUGGAGUAGGAGUAGAUUAGCUUGGAGGCAGGGGAAUCUGACUGCGAAAUCGACGACAGAGAGGCUAGGUGCCAGUGGUGUGGAGAUUGGAAGGCUUUUGGCAUGACAUUGGAGUCCAUUAGAACAAUAUGCUGCUGCUCGGUUUGGACUAAAGUGAGAAGAAAGGU